AAAGUUACUUUGAGGAAACAAAAGCCAAAGAAUCACACAAGAGGUGUGUCACUGAGUUUGUAAAUGUGAAGUCUUUCAGUUACAGUCUUACACUUACACAGGUGUGUGCAUGUGUAUGAGAGUGUUUAUUUUGCAUCAUGAGUCUGAAAGGCAGGAGAUUCUCUCUGGACAGCUCUGUCUGUCUGGAUGGAGGUGGACGCCUUGUCGGAAGAAGAGGCAGCAGCAUGUUUAGUAGUAAGAAAUCAAGACAGACUCAUAGUCUGGAGGAUGCUCAACUGGAGAUCCAGGAGCUGAAUCACAACCACCUGCACAUGAGGAAGAACACUAUAGCAGAGGAGAACCUUGACCGAUUAGAUGGGCUCAUCAGUAAUAACAGUUUCGUGAAACACUACAAGACCUUCCACAAACUGUUUCAAGAGAUUCCAGAGGGAGAGAACCUGACACACUCAUUCACCUGUGCCUUGCAGAAGGAGGUGCUGUAUCAUGGAAAAAUGUAUAUUUCUGAGAACCACAUAUGUUUCCACUCAUCCGUGUUGCUCAAAGACACCAAGGUGGUGAUUCCUGUGUCCAACGUCGGGGAGGUGAAGAAACAUAACUCAGCUUUAUCCAUGUUGUCUGUUCAAACGGCUGAUGGAGACAAGUACUCAUUUGUGUCUUUGAGGAACCGUGAGAUGUGUUAUCAACUCCUGCAAACUGUCUGUUCACAAGCACAGGGCAGCCCUCAUCUCUCCUCUGCAGAGAACGAAGGUGAUCAAGACAUGGCCUCCAGUUAUUCCAGUUUGGAGGACAGUGUAGGUUGUGAAUUGAGAAGACAGAACAGCAUUGAUUCUGAUAAUGACUUUCCUCAGAUGUCCAUUGAAGGUCCCACAAGCGCCACCCGUCAAAACAGCUUAACAGAUGAAGACGACAGAGGUGUAACAUGGAUUUGGAGGAUCAUUGAGAGUGUCUCACCGUUCUUCCACCUCAGAGAAAUUAGGAAUCUCAGCGUUCUCUGCUACUUCUACAUGACGCUAAUGGUGCUGCUCCUGGUGGUGUCUGGAUAUAUCGGGCUGAGGAUCAUAGCACUGGAAGAGCAGCUGAAAUCUUUGGGAGCCCUGACUGACUUGUAUUUACACAACAGAGAGUACAAAGAAAUGUAGCCUGUGGCAGCGGACUGUAAGAAAUCCUUCUAGGAAGUCAUGCAAUGCACCACUGCUGUACAUUGAUCCAUGUCUAGACAGACUCCCAAAAGCAGUGAGACUCGGCCCACUGGACAUACAGCACAUCUUUUACGGUUUUGUCCUAAGAAAUUUAGAAUAUUGUGCACAAACAAGUUGCCUCACAGUAGAAAUUAAACUCCUGUGUUACUGCCAUGUUUACAGUUGAUGCAGGUCAGCAAAAAUAGGAUUUUGGGAUGUCUGAACCAGGCCACAUGUGGUGAACUACAUGGAUGACUAACUGUUGGCAGCAAAACACCAUGGCAAUAUUUCUGUUAGGAGUGCACUCGUUUUCUGCUGACGGAUCAAAAAGUGACGUGAGGAUCUCCUGCACUGAGCCAUAUGGAGGCAGCCUGCUGAAGCCAUGUUUAUUUCUUGGCCGGUGAACAGCUGAGCUCAGCUAGCAGAGGUUGCUGGCCAUCUUUGAUCAACACAAACUGGAACAGCGAGAAAACACUGGACCGGAUCUUAACCAGAAGGAAUCACUUUGUAUUUAUUUGAUUUGGAAUACUAUGUAUGUUAUAAAAUGAGGAUUCAUAUUAACAUGUUAUAAGUUAACUGCUAGACAGUAGACUACAGACAUUUUAUUUUAAGAGUAAGAUCGUUAAUGGCAGCACUCAGCCAGCAGAGGGCAGUCACACCCAUUAAACAUGAGGCAGGACCUCACUUGCACAUUUCAGGCACUGCAACGCCUUCAAAUUACAAAUGUUAAAAUAUUUUGCUGCUGCCUGUUUGUCACAUUAAUCAUCAAAAAUAUGUGGUGACACAUAAGUGACUGUAUGUCUGCUGUAAUAUUGUGAAUAUUAUGAAUUUAAAAAAUAUUCAUUAAACUAUUGAUGUUUUCCGAAACUCUUCCACGUCUGCAUUUAUCCAGGAUUAUUUUAACUGUAUAUUAUCUGUAUAUAUUAUGAGAAGAGACUUUCAUUAUCAUAUUAUGAUAGUAAGUCAUGUCAUCCAAAUUGUAAUUAAAUGUUUCAUUAUGCACAUGGAUAAUAUUGCAGUUCCUUCACUGACUACCAGAUCUUGUGCCCGUUCUUGUUAAAUUAUGCACUAUAUAAAAAUACAAUGAUGGUUCUAAAAACAAUGCGGUAAAUUUCAUAUUUUUGUACAUAAGUGAUCUUUUUUUUUAUUAUUUUGUUGUCCAUAAAAAGGUCAAGAUUCAGUCCCAUGAAUUAAUUUCAUUACAUCAUAUUCUCAGUUCAAAAAAAGCAACAUAAAAUUACAAAUCAUAAUACAAAGAAUAGAAUAGGUAAGUACAGUAACCAUAUAAACAGCCCACUAAUAUUGUCUACCCCCCACCCACCCGCCACUGCCCCGCUCAAACUCUAGCACAAAACUCAUAACAAUACAUCAGUUAGUAUCAGCGAUAAAAAAUUCAAAUAAAUGUCCCGUUUUUUCUUUUCUUCUUAAAAGCGCUUCAAUGUUCCGAUGCUAUGAGUUCAGCUCUACCCUCACAUAGAAUACAUAAUAGAGAUAACGUCCCACCCCGUCACUUGCUCUGCAAAACACAAUAGACAUGCAUACAGUUUUCACUGUUCAACCCUCCCUCCCACCCACCCACCCACCCCCAUCAAUAAACAUUCAGGGCCAGAGGAUACAAUAUACAUCAACCAUAGUGGUGCAUCAAUAAAACGGCAAAUUUCCACCCCCGUUUCUUGAACCCCAUAAAUGAAAGGUGGAUCCAGUGGUUUCCCUGAUAACACGACAUGUCCAGGAGAAACUGAGGCCUACUUCUACUUUCAGAGGCGAUAAUUCUCUCUAAUUCCUUCUGACCGCUCAGACCCCUGGUUCAUGAUGGUAACAGAUUUACAUUAGUUAAGUAUCAGAGACACAAAGUACAGGAUGAGAAUGGAAAGAUUCCCUGUUCCAAGUAAUGACAGAGAGAGAGAGAGGGAGAGAGCAAAAGAGAGAAAGAAAGUGUGGUGUUCAGUAACCUUUCCACUGCUUAACAAGACCCACUUGUACUCCCAAAAUGGAGUAGUCAGAUCAGUGCUAGUUCAGUACAUGUUCCUUUAAAAAAAGCUACUAUCACUGAAACUGAUGGGUCUCCUUUGGAGUAGACGCCUUGUGUAGAUCUGAACUGAGGUGCGACCAUAAAACGAUUUCUUGUACUUUUUCAGGUCUACACACAAGGCUGAUUACUACUUAUUCAAACAUGAUGUUAGUAUCCUUAAUGCUGGCCUGUAGAAGACAGUCAAUAAUAAUGAACACACACAAACUUACAUUUUAUACCCUUAUUACACUUUGGAUGCUUUGUACAAUAGUGCUGAACUUAAGACCUGCUUUUGUCAUGCUUGAUCUGAUAUAUAUAAAUGUGUAAAUAUACUGUAUACUACAGUACUCGUGUGUUACGUGUGUAUGCGUGCGUGUGUAUGUUGUGUUUGAAUGUGUGUAUGUGUGUGAUGAUGAUGAUGUGCAAAGGUGUGUGUGGUGGAACCUGCACCACACCAACAGUGAGAGGCUCAAAUAUGGCUUGUGUCAGACAUGAAGUGUGCUGCCACCCAUAAGAGAGCUCCUGUACAUUUUAGGGCCACAGAGGUUAAACAGAGCUAGUAGGCAUGAUGUCCCGUCCUGGCACCCGAUCUGAAUCACAUUGUUAGUCACAACGUCGACACGCAUGGUUCUGAGACGAACAAUCAAUGGCCCUACACUACGUCAAACACAUUGGGAUUAAUUACAUCAAGACAAAAAUAAAUGUGCUGAGGGUGAACAGGAGGCUGACUAACCCUGGUAAUGAGUGCUACUGGAACAACACUUGGAAAACAAACUGUGCUGUAAGACAACAGAUAAUCAAGAUUACACAAAUUCUGAUGAAGCAAAAAACUAUUCUGUAGUAAAAAAAAAAAAGAAACAGACAUGAUUCUUACUAGUUUGA